AUGCCGGACGAUCUGUCUCAGUUUGCGCUGGACGGGAACAAGGCGAUGAUAGUGGGCGGGCGGCGCAAGGCACGCAAUGCGCGUGUCAAUCCGGCUGAGCUUCCGUUUUAUCUCGGCCCACUCCCGAUUCUGUUUGACGAUCAGCGGCACCUGGUCCGCGGCGAGCUCGACCGGUGCCGGACCAUCCACAACUGGCUCGGCCACUCGGCACCCGGCCUCGGUUCGCGACGGUACUUUGCGGCGAGUCCAACGAGAGCAAUCGCCAAUCUGGUGGCGGCGCGCGCGGCCGCGCCGUCGCACCAAUACCGUCGGCCGGGCCGGCGGCCGCGCGCAGCGGUGGCGGCAACGCCUCGGGCUGAUCCGGCGCCGGGCUUUGGUGGCGUGGCAUCGGCUCCGACAACAGGGCUGGCCGGCCUCGCUGCCACAGCUGGGCGGGCCAAGCCAUCGCCAUUCGGCCUCGGCCCGGGCUCCACCCGCAUCGGCUCCAAGCAGCACCGGACGCGGGUUGGCGUCGCUCGCGACGACAAGCGCGGCGACGGUUGUGCGGCCCGGCGGGCUGGCGUCGCUGGCAACAGCCAGCCGGCCGGCGGGAGCGCAGCCUGA